GAGGGGGUCACCUUUUGUGCAAAUAUAUCAACCAAGACUGCCACCAGCAUCAGAUUUCUCUGUGUGUGCGUGUGAGUGUGUGAGAGAGGGGGCACCACUGGUUUUGCAGGAGAGAGAAAGAGAGAGAGAGAGAGUGAGAGAGAGAGAGAGAGAGAGUGAGUAGAGGACAGAAAGCAGUGGACCACUGAAAGAAGACUUGAAGCUCCCAGUUUUACACACUCUACUCCUAAAACAGGCUGAAGAAGACUUUUUUGAAGUUGGAAAAGGAGCCAUGGACGGGAUAACGUUUGGACGCGCGUCGCUCUUGUGCACCUUGCUGCUGUGGGCUUUGCAAGUGUGUAGCGGGUCUGUGACCGUGAAGGUAACUCCUACGGUGGAGGUGAUAAAAGGAGAAUCGGCCAGUCUGCCCUGCACCGUCACCGGCUUGCCCCCGUCGAGCAAGGACAUCAUCAGCUGGUACAUUGAGGAUGACACCAGGAUUCGCGUGGCAUUCCGCUCCCAGGGUGGCGAUGGGAAUACCGACAAUGACAGCCCUCUGUCUGGCCGGGUCACCAUUGGCGAGGACUUCACCCUGACCAUUUCCGCUGUCCAGCCCUCCGACGAGCUCUCCUUCAUCUGCCAGGUCGCUGGCCCCACUGCGUCUGUAGAGGCCACCACGACGCUCAAAGUCUUCUAUGCUCCCGAGAAGCCAGAGCUCACCAGGCCGUCCAGCCAGGCCAUUUCUGCCGGAGAGUCUACCAGCUCUGAGAUCGGUACCUGUGUGACGCAUAACGGACACCCCCAGCCCAGAAUCAUCUGGUUCAAAGAUGACCAGCCCUUACCUGAGGUUAAGGACAGGAAAGAGAAGACCUACAUGGUUCCCUCGGUGGUGAGGGAGGCCUCCAAUCUUUUCACCAUCAAAAGCACCCUGUACAUGCAGCCCACCAAGGCGGAUAAGGACUCUGUGUUCCAGUGCACCGUGGAGUACAGCAUGCCAGGGGACCAGAUCAAAAAGAAGAAGUCUGACACCAUCACCAUCAACCUCAACUAUCCCUCAGAGACGGUGACCUUCGCCCUGCUCAACACUGAUCCGGUCAAAGAAGGCGACAACAUCACGAUGAAGUGUGAGACGGAUGGAAACCCUCAACCAGAGUUUGUCUUCUCUAAAGAAGGGGAAUCUCGCACUGGAAAAGGUGGUAAGCUGAUGCUGACGUCUGUCAAGCGGUCAGAUGCCGGCGUGUAUAAGUGCGAAGCCCUCGACUUUGAUAAUUUUGAGGCCGACCUGACCAAAGAGCUCACACUCAGUGUCAACUACAUUGAUCCAAUGAGUGUGACUCCGACCGGCCCUCAUUUUGCCAAGCUUGGAGACGCGGUGGAGAUGCAGUGCAAGACCAAGGCGUCCAGCCCGCACACCGUUCAGUGGAGGAAGGGCUCUGAGGUACUUUCUCAGACCGGCGGGCUGUCACUAAAGGAAGUUACCUAUGAAAAUGCUGGAGAUUAUGUGUGUGUUGGAGCUGUGCCAUCUGUGCCAGGAUUGACCGCUGAGACUCACUUUAAGCUGACCGUCACAGGAAAGCCGAUGAUUGAGGCUCCAGCCAAAGGCGAGGUGGAGAAGGAAGGAGACAUGGUGACUCUGAAGUGCUCUGCCUUCGGCCACCCCGCCCCACAGUUCACCUGGAAGCCCCAAGGAAAAGAGUCGGUGUCACUGGAAGGCAGCAAGGUGGUGAGCAGCUUGACCCUGCCGGCCACCGCCGACGUCCUGAAGGACGGCGUGACCUGCGAGGCCUCUAACGAGCACGGGACCGACAGCAAGGCCUUCGCCGUGUCUAUCGUAAGAGCGAGCCCCUCCAAUGAGGCCGACAGAGCUGACAAGCAGCAGGGAGGCUCCAGCGGGGUGGUGAUAGCCGUGGUGGUGUGUGUCCUGCUGCUCCUGCUGCUGGUGGCUCUUCUCUACUUCCUCAACAAGAGCGGCAAGCUGCCCUGCAGCAAGAAGGACAAGAAGGAAGUGGCCAGCGGAGAGGUGAAUAACGACAUUGUGGUGGAGAUGAAGACAGAGAAGGCCAACGAAGAGGCCGGUCUCCUCAACAAAAGACCGGCCACGGAACAGUGAUGAACCACGACAAUGAAAGUAAACAACAGAGGGAUGAAGGGAAGGAGGACAGCAUUCACAACAACAACAGGGCUAGUUUUUAUUUACAGCUGAGGAGCGAAUCAAGACAGCAAAAGGUGGAGAGGAUUGUAUGGGCCUAUACUGUAUAGAAGGGUGGAGGUGGGGGUUGAUCAUGGAAAUCAUUUGAUUUAGGGAGAGUGAAAUGCACAGCACAGUAUGUAUGUCAAUGGGCGAGCUUGUUUUGUAACCUGGAGUGGACCUAUUAGGUGGAGCUACUUCAUUUUUGGAGCUAUAGCUUUGCCGUAAAAGAUUUAGAUCCUCGCUUCCAAGUCUUCCCAGGUUUCAAAUCAUGCAGAUGCAAAAAUCACUGGACAUGAUUCUCCUGCUUAUUCACCAGUCACAUCUUUGGUUGACUCCAUUGCUGAGUACAGCUGUACAGUGCGAUGUGGACAGCACUUUCCAGGCACAGCGGUCGUAUUCUUCUUCUUAUCUACCCCAAAUCAACACAAAAUGCCAUUAAGCCACUGUGCUGUUCUGGAGAGUGUGUGUCCAUGCCACGUUGCACUACAUGUGUGUGAAUUUGCUUGCUUCUUAAUGCUCCACAUGGAAGUGUAACACUGAGGUAACUGUUCAGUCUUGGAGUCUGCACUUAUCCUAUUCUCUGCCUGCCAUGCAUACACACUGGGAGAAAAUAUAUAUAUAUAUAAAUCACAAGUUGUCAGGCUAUUGCAUUCACUUCAAUAAUAAAUCAGGAUUUAUUGGUUGCACACAAUAUUUAAUCCUCAAACAAGUAGUUUGGCACACAUGGCUGCAACGUUUCAGCUAAAAGAUGCUCCAUGUAUGCUUUAGUGCUGUUUGCGUAAUUAGUUUUUGCCAUCUGUGAAUGUUUAUAUUUUUCCAUAUCCCUAAUUAGCCCUUUGCUUAGCAACAGCCCAUACAUUUAAUAAUGCCAAUCCUCUCUCUAAUUUCAUUCCUUUUUAGUUCCAGCUAAAAAAAAAAAAAAGAAAAAAAGAGAAAAAAACAAGCUAUUGGAUUGUACAAAUUUGUUUUCUUAAUUUCCAGUGUACUUAUAUAUUAUGUUUUAUCACAUCAUUUGUUCGCCUUUUCUCUGUAAAUUUGAGUACUGUAUACCCUGUCUAUCCAGGAUAAGGUGUGCUGUACAUGAUGUGGAGUUGAAUGUGUCUGCAAUUACUAUGCUGCUGGCCUGAGCCCAUUACCGCUACCAUUUCUUAACAAGAUUUUCACAGCCCUCAGUCUUUUUUUUUUUUUUUUUUUUUUUUUUUUUGCCUUUUUUUCCAGGAGGAAACCGUUGUCGCAAAUUCAGUACAUGGCGGUUACACUCAGAAGGCCAAAUUACCAUCAGCUCUCACUGGAAAAUUGGAGCACUCUGGUGAAAUGGGGGAACAUUUCUCUCCCCUGUUUACAAUCUCAAACCAUGGCCAGCUGCACUGUCGUUUCCCAAAUGGGAGUCUCAGGGCUGUGGCACAGUAGUUACAGAUUCACCUGUUAAGAGAAAUCACUGGCUUAGGUUCACUCCAAUUUGAUAUGAGCAGGGGAAGGGAAGGGAAGAAAUGGGAAGGACUGGGCUUGGUGCCGGAGUAUGUAACGUAUCUCUUAUUUUUACCAAAACUGUCAAAGCGUUCUGGCGUGUCUUUAGCGGGAAGUGUUUCAGUGUUUAGGUACGCGAUACUGGCAUCUCUCUUCCUCCCUCACAAGUUCUUUUUAUGACACUGUCGGCAGGCCGGAGAGGUGCGAUAGCGGCUUGACGUGCCCUUUAACUUUGUUGUACACUGGAACCAAUGGCCUUGAUCUGAAGGUCAUCUCAAACCACUAUCUCUUCCCAUGAGGCUCAUUUUGUUUUUGUUUUUGUUUUUUUGUUUUUUCAAUGUAUGUCUACUGAUCUUGUCAUAAACUUGUCGACUGUUUGCCAGCCUGUGAUGGAGGGUGAAGACAGAUAAGUGAACCUUGAACUUGGGGCAUCUUUUGUGAUUUUAUCUGUUUUAUAAGAAAAAAAAUGUUGUGGUAUAAAAAAUGUUUGUUUGUUUUUUUUUUAAAGGGGGGGAGGGGGUCUUCCUUUUGGAACUACUGAGUUGUGUCAUUUCCUUGCUUUUUCACAGAGAGACUUUUUUUUUUUAAAUUUAGGAUUAUUGGUUUAUGAGAUAUUCUGAGUGCUUUACUUUUCUCUCUCUCUCUGUAUACUGUAUAUUUUGUGGUACGCUAUUGUGAGCUCUGUGGCGUGUUGAUGUAUCUUUUUUUUUUGUUUGUUUGUUCGGCUGUGUAGAAUUUAUAAUGACAAAACUCAAGAAAAACCAACCACA